AUGAAGAGCACACUUCUCUUGGCCGGAGCCCUUGCUCCCCUUGCCCUUGCUAAGGAUCUCUGCGAGCAGUACGGAUAUCUUUCAAGCGACGGCUACGCACUCAACAACAACGUCUGGGGCAAGGACUCAGGAACAGGUGACCAGUGUACUCAUGUCAACUGGAACAACGCCAAUGGUGCUGGUUGGGACGUCGAGUGGAACUGGUCUGGUGGCAAGGACAACGUUAAGUCUUAUCCUAACUCGGCCCUCUUGAUCGGAGAGGAUAAGAAAACUAUCAGCUCCAUCACAAACAUGCAGUCCGCCGCUGAAUGGAAGUACAGCGGUGACAACAUCCGCGCUGACGUGGCGUACGAUCUGUUCACUGCUUCAGACCCUAACCAUGAGACCUCCAGCGGCGAGUACGAGCUUAUGGUCUGGCUUGCUCGAAUCGGUGGUGUGCAGCCCAUUGGAGCCCUGCAAACGAGCGUUACCAUCGAGGGCCACAAUUGGGAACUUUGGAUCGGCAUGAAUGGCGAUAUGAAGGUCUUCAGCUUUGUUGCGCCUACCCCAGUCAACAACUUCAAUGCCGACAUCAAGCAAUUCUAUGACUAUCUCACCAAGUCAGAGAACUUCCCCGCUGACAAGCAGUACCUCCUCACCUUCCAGUUUGGUACCGAGCCCUUCACUGGAGACAAUGCCAAGUUCACUGUUAGCAACUUCAAUGCCCAUCUCAAAUAA